CAGAAGUGUGGUUCAAGUCUUUGCGAGGCUUUGAGACCAGGAAACCUUGCGCGAGGUUCGGCUACGCACAGUCAUGGCCUCAUGUUUCCGAUAAGCAUGGUUUCCUGCAAUUCGUCCCCAGAGUUCACCUCGUGCUGGGGGAAGGCGGAAGGACACAUGUAUAUCCCUCGAAAGGUGGCGCGCGCUCCAGAAAUCAACCGGAGUAGAGACAGCACCGACAGCGAAGCAGAAGACGCUCCAAAAACAAUGGUCCGCAGUCUUUUCUGUCUUUGGACCAGGGGUGCUCUUUUGGGUGUUGCUAGUCGCUUUGGCAGAGACCGUUGGACAACGCCCUGACCCUGUCAUGCCCCAUUCGGCUGUCAGGACGUUGUGGCUAGCUUCUUUCACUUCGGCAGCCCGAACCGGGGGCUUAAGCAGGUCCGUUAGCUUUCCAUUAGUCUUUCCAGGCCCGCGAAGAUUCCGGACCAUUUCCCACCGGGGUUGGAAUGGGACCUUGACGCUGGUCCGUCCAGUAUCAGACGAGGGUUGCGGUCGAAAUUCUCAUCCUCGCUCAUCAAAGGUUGUUCUUGUUAUGGUUGUGGCGGAGCCAUCCAUGUCAUCUCGAACGCCACAACGCGCCGACCUUUUGUCGCUGGUGUUGUCGGUAGCUCGGAGCAUCUAAUAAGAGUGGCCAUGAGGAGGUGAGCGCCUCCUAUGUACUAACCAUUCGCACCGUGGUGACCAUCACGGCUGUGGAUUUCGCAGCGGGCCCCCACGGUUGUCCUGUUAGAUCGUCGGACGAUCUGGGCCCCAGGUUGUGUUGAUUUUCGAUGGACAGAUCAGUUUAAAGAAGCACAGGCCUAUCGCCAUGACCACUGACGGCAGCGGUCUCUCAACCGCGCCCUGACUCAGUGAUUCUACAUCCUUUCUUUGCCAAUUACCAAUCUCCAAUCAGCCGAUUCGGCCACGAUUUCGGCUGACUUCAAGGUCGAAGUGGCAACACAGUUGCAGCGGAUCCCCUUCGCAGUUUCCCCGUGAGCUGUUCAGCCAAGGACAGGCCUUGAACUUCGUUCGCAUCUCGCGUCUCGCUUCUCUCAUCGCGAUAGACUUGAACCGCGCGGUGUCGCUUGCAUGUCAACGUUGUGUCCUUGCCCUCUUUGUAAAAAGAUUGUUGUUGGUGUAACUGUGUUAGGGAGAGGGAUUCCAACAAUAACUGCUGCUGCCAGCCGUUAAGGCAGUGGGCAUGCCUCUCGAUUACCACGCCACUCUCUGUUUCCCCGGGGCAUAGCCGUUACAAUCGGUUCAAGCAAAAGCUGUCGCAAUCUGUGCAAGUCCUCUAUAGCCUGGCGCUCCUCGCGAUGCAGAACCAUCUCUAUCUUGUCAGGGACUCCCCAAGAACGACAUCCACCGAGUCACCGCUGAGUUCUCACGAUCCCAACCAUCAAUCAUCUUCGGCAACUCCAUUCUCACAUCAGCCUCGUCCCGCAGUAUCACCUCUGGAGCAGCCGACCAACUCGGUCUUCUAUUCACCUUAUGAAAUGGGUUCAAUAUCGCCCCACGAUGUCUCUUCUCAUCUAGGGGAUGGUUUGCGACCAAGUGGGGGAGGAAGUGGCUCUCCAUCCCCGGCGCAAAUAUCGGCCAUGAUGAUGCACAACCCCAAAAGGGCUUAUAGACAAAGGAGGAAGGAUCCAAGUUGUGACGCGUGCCGGGAGCGGAAGGUGAAGUGCGAUGCGACAGAGACGUCGAGCUGUACUGAGUGCUCGAGCCGCAAUGUUCGUUGUCAAUUCACGAAAGAUACCAAUCGCCGCAUGUCGUCUAUCAAACAAGUGCAGGAUCUCGAGCGACAGUUGUUAGAUGCUCGCCAGCAGCUCGAACGGUUUCGCGCCGUCGAACGCAUCAACGACAUGUUUACGGACAUGCGCCCUGGGACCGCGCCGCCGUCGGUCUUUAGCGACUUCCCUACAGUUGGCAAAUCGCCUCGAAGGAUGUUGAAAGCAAAAUCCCCUCAAGACCUCACAAAUGCAAGGUUGCACUUGAAUGACGUUGGACGCGGCUUACUGAAGCCUCCGGUCACAGGGGGCCAGCCUAGAGCGCACUCGUCACAUACCAGUACAUUGGAUUUGCCAGGACUGCCUUCACGCCCUGUUGGUGAACGAUUGCUGCAUUACUACCACGAAAGCGUCCAUCGCCACUUCCCCGUACUGUACUGGCCGAAGUUUCAACGGACCUUUGCCAUUGCCAUGGACAGAACUACCGCGCAUUCUUUACCAAUUGACUGGAUAGCUACGUUGUAUGGCGUGCUUGCUUGUGGCGCCCUGGCUACGCACGAUCCCAGCAGGAUACCCGAAGCCCAAGACUAUCUGACUAGAGCCAUUUCGACCAUCAAUUUUUGGGAAGACGACGCGUCCACCAACCAAGCCAUUGUUGCGUUUCUGGCGAGCGUUGCGCUUCUUGAAAUGAAUCGAAGAUCGGCAAGCUGGAUCUGGCUGGGUUCUGCAAUACGUAUUGUGCAGGACCUAGGCUUACACGUUCAGGGGGGACAAUGGUCACCUGUGGAGGGAGAGAUGCGCAAGCGCAUUUGGUAUUCGUUCUACGUCUGGGACCGUAUUCUCGCGCUAGAACUUGGAAAGCCAAUGCUCAUCAACGAUGACGAGUGUGACACGGAAUAUCCACAAGUCCUCGACGAAGAGCGUCUUGUCACAGACUACGUACAGUCGCCUCUUCCCCCGACCUUGUUGCUGAGCCAUAUCCAUGUGGCUCGGCUUAUGGCGCCGCUUGCGAAGAUGUUUCGCUCUCUGUGUAUCACGACCGAGACUCUAACGAGAUUUGAAAGUCAUUUGGGCGAAUGCUUGCAACUCUUCCCCGGAUCGUUGCAGCUCACAGCUUCCACGCCUUUGGACCCAUGUAUCGUGGCUCCGCUUAUUCACUUCCAGAACACUCGCAUUCUGCUACACCGCCACAAUCUAUCACCCUCAUGCUCUCCAGACCAGAGAUUCCAAGCAAUCGAACAGUGUAUGCAUGCUUCUAGGGACACGGCGACCUUGCUCUCACGUUGUAUGCUCCCGCACAUACAGUCGGAUGAGUGGGAACAGCGGUUCAUUCUCUCGGCCACUACGAUGCUGUGUACCCAUUUGUGGCGAUGCAUGCUCUUUCUGUUGUUCCGAGAACUUUAUGACGCUUUUUUCCUUGUAUUGAGAGCCGCUUCUACAAUCAACGAUGCCCGCGUCAUCAAUAUAAGCUGCGGAAGAUAUCUCCUUUUUUUCGUGCAGCGGCUUAUAGAGCAAUACGAGCAGCCGAACUCGAUCGAUAUUGAACAGGACGAGGAGAUAUUGGUGUAUUUGUCGGCAGACUUACAGGCGAGUACCAACAGCUGGGUCUGGGGUCAUGCCGAGACAGGCACACAUCUGAGCCGGCGGCAGAAACAUGGCAGAUCCAAGCAUCCGCCUUAUGCCAAUGACACUCAGAGUGUCUCUGCGGCACAGUCUCCGACUUGGGACAAUAUACUGUCGGAGGAAGAACAACACGACUGGGGUGGGUGGCAACGCCUCGAGAGUUCCGCCCGGUACUUGCAGCGUCUCCGUGACUCGAGGCGACAUCACCAGCAGUGUACACGGGAGCCGAGUCUGCCUGACUUUCCGCGACCGGCAUCAUCCACCAGCCACGUACCAGGGCCCACGCUUGCGCCCAUCAGCACAGUGAGUACGAGUCAACCGUCCGACUCGUCCAGUCGGUCACGAAUGACGAUAGCCAACAUAAUCUGAACGAGAAGCAUGAAACAUGAGCAUGAAGCAUGAAGGGUCCACGAUGAUUUUAAUGACGAGCAGAUCUGACGGAUAUUAUAAUACAUAGUCCACACGCUGAGCCGUCGGUCGGCAUCUUCAUAGACUGCACAGACAACUAUCUAUGGAUAGGUCUGUUGCAGAACUUUGAUACGGACACAAAAAAGCAAAGACUGUCGUGUUCUACGAGCGUACUGUUUGCCAGUCACGUAAACAUUAUAGUAAGAUGGAUAGCAGCACAGCCGGGUUGCUUCUCAAUCCCGUGACUGCCUGUAUGUUGUCCAGAGACAACUUGACAAGUCUAUCACGCGGC